GUCAGACUGACAUUUAUAGGUUUGGAUUUAAAGGUGGGAGGAAGUGAUGAACACAGACAGCAGCAGCGUCUGUCAGAGUCUUCAGACGGAGGAGGAGGACGUCUCUCUGACCUCAUCUGGACGGGACUUUAACAGGUCGCCGUUGCAAAUGAGAACCUGUUCUCAACGGCCUACCUGGAUGAGUGAGUUUCUCCACCCACAACUUGACAACUACCUUUGCAAAGUGAGAGCAGCUGGGAUGUUAUGCAGAAUGGAAAAGUUGUUUAGCCGGGCUGUGGAUCCAGAAACUUUACACCUUGCCCAGAGCAGCAGCACAGACCAGACUCUCCUGAACCUGAACCAGCUGUGUGUCCAUCAAGAGCCACCAGUCCAUGGAUCCACCUUAAGUGUUUAAAGGACAGCUUCCUGCAGAGACUCACAGGAAACCAUGAUGACGGCAGUGGACCUUUUCAACACUCUGGAGGAUUUAAAAGAAGAUGAAUUUAAGCAAUUCAAAUGGUUUCUGCAGCAGCAGGACAUCCUGGAAGGCUACCAAAGCAUCAAAGUGUCCAAGUUGGAGAAUGCAGAAAGACAGGACACAGUGGAUGUGAUGGUUAAAACCUUUCAACUUCAUGGAGCUCUAAAGGUGACCAAGAAGGUUUUAGAGAAGAUCAACAGGAAUGAUCUGGUCCAGAGUCUGCCAGACACCAGCUCAGGACCAGAAGAGUCAGUGAAUGUCAAUGAUGCUGGAAAGGCUUCAGAGAACAGAGGAACUCCCUCCUCUCAGAGCAAAGACGGGAUUGUUCCAGUACCAAAGCCACCACGACACAUCUCAUAUUAUCAACAAAAGCUUCGGCCAAACCUCCAAAAUGAGUUUUUGUGUGCACAAGAGGGUUGGGCACAGAACAAAGAUGGGCGACCUCUGGAUGAUAUCUACACAGAUCUGUACAUCAAAGCUACUGGUGAUGUACACAUCAACACACAGCAUGAGGUCAGGCAGAUUGAGACAGUGAAGCCAACAGAUACAGAGACAACAAUUACACCUUGUGACAUGUUCAAACACCCUUCUGUAAAAAAGAGACCCAUAAGAACAGUACUGACCAAUGGAAUCGCAGGAAUUGGAAAAACAUUUCUUGUGCACAAGUUUGUGUUGGACUGGGCGGAAGGAAGAGCCAAUCAAGAUGUGCAUCUCGUUUUCCCCUUCACCUUCCGCCAGCUGAAUUUAAAGAAGGGGGAAAAGUGGUGUUUGGCAGAGCUCAUUCAUGAAUGUAUCUGGGAGACCAGAGACAUCAAGGAAGAAGCUCUUAAUCACAUUUUUACAGCUCUGCAGUCAUCAGGAAACACCAACUAUGACAGGAGCGAAUUCAAACUUCUGUUUGUUUUGGAUGGACUGGAUGAGAGCCGCCUUGAUCUGGACUGCUCCACCAAUUAAAACCAGACAGUUAAAAUUGAUGUGACAGCGCCGACCUCAGUGGACGAGCUGCUGACAAACCUCAUCAAGAAGAAACUUCUUCCCUCUGCUCGCAUCUGGAUAACCACACGACCUGCAGCAGCCAAUCAGAUCCAUUCUGAUUUUGUAGACAUCAUGACGGAGGUCAGAGGGUUCACUGACCCACAGAAGGAGGAGUACUUUAGAAAGAGAUUCACAGAUCAGGAGCGGGCCAGCAGAAUCAUCUCCCACAUCAAGACAACACGAAGCCUCCACAUUAUGUGCCACAUCCCAGUCUUCUGCUGGAUCACUGCUACAGUUCUAGAGGAAUUGAUCAAAACCAGAGAGGGAGGAGAGCUGCCCAAGACCCUGACUGAGAUGUACGCAGAAUUCCUGGUGUUUCAGAUUCAUCAGACAAAAGAGAAGUAUGACCCAGAAGAGUGCAUUCAGUACAUUGAGUCAUUAGCAAAACUGGCUUACCAUCAGCUGGAAAAGGGCAACCUGAUCUUCUACGAGAAAGAUCUAGAAAAGAGUGGCAUUGAUGUCAGUGGAGCCUCAGUGUGCUCAGGAGUGUUCACAGAGAUCUUCAAAGAGCAACGUGGGAGGAAGGAUGAUAAAAAAAAGAUGUUUAGCUUCAUCCAUCUGAGUGUUCAAGAGUUUCUGGCUGCUAUUCAUGUAGAGAGCGAAGUCAUUAACAGAAACAAGAAUGUGAUGUUCGGGCAAAGUAUCUUCAAAAAAGUGUGGGAAGUUUUCAGCAGAACAUCAACGACAGAGGUCCACAGGUUUGCUAUUGACAAGGCCUUACAGAGUCCAAUCGGCCACCUGGACUUGUUCCUUCGCUUCCUCCUGGGUCUUUCUCUGCAGACCAAUCAGGAUCUUCUCAAAGACCUGCUGGCUCAGACAGGAAGUAGCUCACAGACCAAUCAGGAAACAGUCAACUAUAUCAAGAAGAAGAUCAGUGAGAAUCUGUCUCCAGAGAAAAGCAUCAAUCUGUUCCACUGUCUGAAUGAACUGAAUGAGCAUUCUCUAGUGGAGGAGAUCCAACAGUACCUGAGUUCAGGAAGUCUCACCACAGAUAAUCUGUCUCCUGCUCAGUGGUCAGCUCUGGGCUUCAUCUUACUGUCAUCAGGAAACAAUCUGGACGUGUUUGACCUGAAGAAAUACUCUGCUUCAGAUGAGGCUCUUCUGAGACUGCUGCCAGUGGUCAAAGCCUCCAAAAAAGCUCUGCUGAGUGGCUGUAACCUGUCAGAGAGCAGCUGUGAAGCUCUGUCCUCAGUUCUCAGCUCCAAGUCCUUUAGUCUGAGAGAGCUGGACCUGAGUAACAACGACCUAAAGGAUUUAGGAGGAAAACUGCUUUCUACUGGAGUGAGGAGUCCACACUGUACACUGGAGAUUCUCAGGCUGAGUGGCUGUAAUCUGUCAGAGAGAAGCUGUGAAGCUCUUUCCUCAGUUCUCAGCUCCAAAUACUCUAGUCUGAGAGAGCUGGACCUGAGUAACAAUGACCUAAAGGAUUCAGGAGGGAAGCUGCUUUCUACUGGAGUGAAGAGUCCACACUAUACACUGGAGAUUCUCAGACUGAGUGGCUGUAACCUGUCAGAGAGAAGCUGUGAAGAUCUGUCCUCGGUUCUUAGCUUAGAGUCCUCUAGUCUGAGAGAGCUGGACCUGAGUAACAACAAUCUGAAAGAUUCAGGAGGAAAGCUGCUCUCUGCUGGACUAAAGAAUCAAUGCAACAGGUACAACGCUUUUUUUGGAACUUGAUGCCAGGGGUCCUCGACCAUGCAUCAGACAUUUGACGAGUAGGGAGUGAGACUGUGUUGAAAAAGGAGGAACUGGAGGUUGUGAAGUUUGCCCUA